UCAUCUUGUGGCGUCAUUCGUGCGUCGGAAUUUAAAAAUUGUGUUAAAAGUGGAGAAUUUAGUUAGUUAAUUUAAGCGGGAAAAAUAACCAAUGAAAAGUGUAGAGUGGUAAAAUGUCGAAGAACAAGAAAGAUGAAACAGCGCUUGAGUUGGACGAUAUUUUAAGCGAGCCCAUUACAAACUCGCAGAAGCUUGCCGCAUUCUUGCAGCGCAAGGCAGCGGAUGCCCAAAAGCCCAAGAACUCGUCUGGACUCGUCUUUGGGAAUUUCUCCUUUGACCUGGACUUCGAUGUUCGGCUUAUAAAGAAGCCUCAAAAAGAUACUCAGGAGAACAAAUUGAAGCCUUUACAAGAAUUGGAUAAUGCCAAUGCGAAUAUUCCAGCAGCGGCCGAGCCCCCUGACUCAGACGGGCCACAGUCGCCUUCAAACUUGGCACCGCAUGAGAAUCUGCCGCCGCGUUCAGUGAGACAUUCGCCCUCGCCCACCCAACGGCGUCCUCCCAGACGUAGUGGCACAGGCGGCCAUGUUCCUGGCUCUGAUAAGCUGCGUCGCCAUGCUAUUCACAGGCGCUCGCAGAGCUGCGGACGUCGUCAGCUCUUGCAGGACUUUGAUGAUGCAGCUAAUCUAAGUCGGAGCUCCUCGAGUCCAUUUCCCUUUGUGCCAGAAAUAAGCAGCACUCCAAACUGCAGUGAAAAAGCUGUUGAGAAUCAACCAGCGUCGCAGCAACAGCCACAGCCAAAGCCGGCGUCAGAGCCACAGCAGAUGAAUAGACCAGCUGUGGGUUCAGACUUCGCUGCUGAAAUCACUGAAAUUUGUGAGAAACGGCUAGCUUUAUUUCAAAAUAGUAUGAUGCAGAUGAGCCAGAAGGGGGAAGUACCAUCCUCACGCCCAGGAUCAAGUCCAUUGACUCCCUCUGAUAGGCAUCGGACUUAUACGAUCGAGAAGAGACCUAUAUCUGAGCAAUUGCAGCAAUUGCGAUCGUCGCCAAAUAUAUCACACUCGAAAAUGCCAAUGGUGCGUGUGAGGCGCUUUGAGACUACUCUGGCGCCAGAUAUCCCAAACAGUCUGGAUCGAUCUGAACGGGAAUCGGCACCGGUGGAGGAUUAUUUUGUACCGGAAACACAGCCCCAGCAGUCCCAGCAGCUAGUCGAAAUUGUGCACAAUCUAUCGAGGAAUGGCAGCGUGGUAGUUAUACCAAUGGGUGGGGCCUUUAGUCCCAAGCCAGAUGCAGCAGGCCCUUUACCACAACCACAUUUACCGGCUGCAUCAGAUACUGGAGUAGCUAGGGUAUCAUCAUCAACAGCAUCUGUUGGUAUUCCCAAGUCAAGUGAUCCAACAGUAUCUGCUAAUAAUCCCAAAUCAAGUGCUCCAGCAGUAUCUGCUGGUACUCCGAAAUCAAGUGCACCAACAUUUUCUGCUGGUACUCCGAAAUCAAGUGCUCCAGCAGUAUCUGAUAGUAAUCCUGAAUCAUCAACGUCGAAGAGAGUUUCCCAUAACAAAACACCUCAAAUUGUUGAGGACCUGGACGCAAUUAUGACCGACGAUGAAAGCGAUGAACAGCCAAGCGCGUGUGCCUUGAACCUGGUACCGGCCGGUGGUAACACUACCAGACAGAGUCGGAUGCGCAAGCGGAACAAUCGGAAGCCCUCAGAUGACCAGGAAAGUUCCAUAAAACUGCUUAACCUCCAUCGCUCAAAUGCAUCAAGCAAGUCAAAGCGCAAAGGCGCCACUGCUCUCACGUUGAACAAGGCGCCCAGUGCCCCAAUCAAUGGAGAGCAGUUUGCCAGGGAGCUGGAACGGAUGAGCAACUAUGAGAUUCUUGAUCUGCGCAAGAGAAACUCCCUCGGCAGGGUAUACCCUCUGAAUGGGAAUAGGAAGCAGAAUAGUGCAGAGCAUCAAGAGGUUCUGGAGCAGAAUAUUCAGCGGGAGAUAAUGCGAAGGAAUCUGGGAAACGAAACAGAAACCGAGUCACUGUCCAGCACUGUAUCUGCAGAGCGAGAAGAACUUGCUUAUAGCGAAGAGGCUUUGGCUAUGCCUCCGCCAGCUCCCGUCGGCUUUAAAGACAAUUCCCAAGGAGAGAGCCGAAGGCAGUCCAAAGAGCGGCAGAAGCGUCCCUCACGAUCCAGACGUCGAGAGGUUCCAAUGACAGCAGAGCUGGUCAACUACAUUGCGCUCUCCAAGACAAUGGAAUUGCGUCGAAAAUCGUCGAGGAACUCGUCCAAGCGCAGCCUUUACACCAAGGGUGACUCGGAAGGAGAAGAUGUUGGCUCGGUGUCGCCGGUGAAGCAGCCAAGGCUUAGUCCGACCCGCCAAGAGCCUACUCCAGGUGGUUCCAGGAUCAUGCAAAGCCAAGACAUCGUUGAGGAGGUAAUUGCAAUUGUUCCACCACCGCCUCGUUCACUUCGAUAUUCGCAAUGUCUGCGGGAUAUGCGCCGCAGCAGCAAGUCUGACUUCGAUGGAGUCAUGGCCACCCCGCUGGAGUUGGACGAUGAGGAGACCCCCCUCCUUGCUCCCCCUCCACCAGAGUAUAAUGACAAUACUGAUGUGGAUGGGGCAGAUGUGCAAGGAAAGAGCUCUUUCUCGGUGUCUGCUGAUGCCCAGCGUCGGCUAUCCAAAUCUAGGGUACGAUAUGACAGAACCGAGCAAAUUUCUCCGCUUCCUCCAGAGGAAAGGUCGAAAUUUGAUGACCAGUCAGAUCGGACACCCAAUAGGAAUAUACGAAAGAGCAAGCGUCACGAGCCAAAUCCACCCUCCCCAGAGACAAAUGAGGCAACGGAAAUGCACGAGACGGUCUUACCUCGCAUGUCCAAGAACAACAGCCGGCGGCUAUCGAGGGUGGCUACUCAGGAGGACGAUAUUGUUGAGCCACCAUGUAGCACUAUGGCUGAUGAUGAUAGGACAACAGACCAGCGAUCAGAGCAGAGGGAAGUCCUGCCCAUCAUUACUUCUUCACUGCCGGACACAACUUCCGUGACGGAUGAGCAGCCGAGCACGAGUCGGGCCGCACUCGAGGCUCUGGCACGUGGAACUAAUGAUCCUGAGCAUGAUCCUGAUCCGGAGGCUGUGGCCAGAGCCGUCGUGGAAGAGGAAGCGGUGCUGUUUAAGAAACCCAAGGCGCGGGCACCCCGUGCCAAAUCAAAGGUAGAAAGGGAGCUAAACAAUUUAAAGGUCUCUUACAUACAUAACGAGGUGGAAGUGGAUGGAAGUGAGUCUGCCAUUCGGCGGUCAAGGCGUGGUCAGGUACCACUGAAGAACACUUGGUGCCAUACUGUAUCGGAUCCCAGGCAGUUUGACUUCUUCUGCAAAUCCGCGGAGAUAUAUGAAGCGAAGAAAGCUAAACCGUCGAAGCAGUCUAGUAUGUCUAGACGGACCAAAAUUUCUUUGAUGAAUAGGCCCCCAUUGUGCAGUAGCACCCCGCGGCUUUCAGGAGAGCCCCUCCAUGCCCCUCCCUCCUCCAUUACAGAAAAUUUCGAACCUCCAAAACCUUCUGAAUGUAGUUCUCUGGGAGUCGCCCCUCUGAGGUGGGACGAUAAUGAGCUGAUAGAGCAAGUGGAAGACAUCGAUGCCGUAAAACCAACCAAGAAACGCGGACGACCAAAAAAAACAAGCCAAGCGGUCGUGAUGGAAACGGAUUCAGAUUCAGCAGCGGCUGCCUUAAUGCCUCCACCUCCUGUCCCUAAAAUAAAGGAGCGAAGAAAGAAAAAACAGGCGAAACAAAAGACAGUCACGGAAACAGAAACUGAGCUGGAGUCCGAUCCCGAUCCAAUAACACCAAUGAGCACGGACUCUGGCGCACCAAAUCCUCCAACACCAACAUCAACACCAAGCCCAAGCAUGUCGGAUGACCACCAGGCUGCUUCCAUGCAUCUCAUGAACUGGCUGCGAGGCUACAAUAGCAAUCAGCCAAUCGUUAGUUUGGAAGACUGCAGCGGGAGUCGAAUAGGAAAGAGUGUGUCUGUUGCGGGUGAAUUAGUUUUCACUAAAUUGGAUGACAUUGAGUACGCAUUCUACGACACCAAGGACAAGGCCACUGUGGGAUAUAUGCGCUUCCAGCCGCUGCAGAGUCGCCAGACGAAGCGGGCUAAGGGGUUUUCCCUGAAAUUCGUUGUUCUCUUUGGUCAAUUUGGCAUGGACUGCAGUGUCCCGGGCAUGGAGGAAGAUGAUCGCUGCACAUUAAAUAUCGGUGACAUGGUAGAGAUCGAGAAAGGUACCCGCUAUAGUAUACAAAACUUAUUGGAUGAAGUGAGUGUUCUGAUGGUUAUCCGCAAUUAGAUGUACACAUGCUACUUUUCACAGAAAAAAUAAUAUUCUUUGUAAUGUAUAAUGGUUAUUAUGCGUCUGUUUUGUUAUGAAAAAAAAACUAAAAAUAAAAAUAUAUAAACGUGAAUAUCUGAUGGAAAUACAAGAUUUCUCUG